AUGAAAAAGAUCUCAAAGAGAAGAGAAGAGAUCUUUAAAAAGAUGUCAGAAGCAGCAUACAGCAGCACAGAAGAAAUAAUGGACAGGCAUCUCUUUAAAGACAUAGAUGCAGAAGAAAAUCGAAAUAUCACAGAGACACUGAGAGGCAAAGUAAGAGAAAAACUAAAAAAUGCUAAGAUCAGUCAAGGUGAUAAGUCCUCGUCUCAGCUGCUCGCUGAAACAAAGAGUCAUCAAUGGUCUAAGUUAACCCCCCAGACUGAAGUCUUGCUGGAUGAAGGUCUUUCAUUUUUCAUCCUGAGUGGGGAAGAAGACUCGGCUGUGAGCCGGUCUGCACAGCAGAAAUCAGUAAGUGAUAGUUACUUCAAACCCUCUGCAUUUGGUGGUAGUUUACAAACUGCUGCUGAGGGCCAAGAUGAGGAUUUUGUGGAAGAAGUAAUUUUAAUGGAUUUAUUUGAAGUAAAAGCUGCGGAAUAUGAAGAUGACCAAGAACAGAUGAAAAGACAGGAGGCAAUUGUCUUUGUGCCAAGUAGCUCUCCAGUGGCCAACCAGCGUAAACUGCCAAAAGGCAUGAUGCCUCGAAUUUUAGAAGAUGAAGGAUUCUACAUUAAGAAAAAGCCAGCGACAUAUAAAAAGAUCCGCAACAAAAUGGAAAACCGCCUGCUCAGCCUACAGGAGGGAAAAUGUUGGUUUGAAGAAAGUGGAGAAAUAAUGUCAUUGCCGUCACCUAUUAGACAGUCUUGGAAUUUUAGGAUCAGCAUGAGCAAGGAAUCUUUGAAUCCAGCACUAAAGACUAUACACAGGAAGGCAGUGAAAUCUGACCUGGGAUGCUGUUUUAGAAGCAGAAUGGAUGGUCAAAGAGAAAUGUACCAAUUAGAUCUUAACAUCGUGGGCUUGCAGUUCAGCCAUCACCCGCUCUUCAAUCAAGAACAAGUCCUAUGUGCCAGGCUGCUCCAGCUCUGUGAGUCUUUCCAGGACAGGCAGAAGCAAGGUUUAUCUCAGCUGCUCUAUGAGAAGCUGAAAGCACUGACAGAGACUACCAAACUAGCCAGAAACAAACCUGAAAUAAGCCAGUUUACCAGAGAAUCCUUAGAAGAUUAUUAUUGGCAGAUAAGUGACACAAAGCGACUAUAUCAUGAAGAAAGGGAAAAGGACCACUCCCUUCUGCACAGAGUUCUACAGACUUGGAAACAGAUGAAAUCUCUCAGGCAAAAGCAAGGAUUUACAAGCACCCCAGUAAAGCUGCAGUUUCACAAGAUAAAAAUGAACACAUGGGAUGAACAGAACCAAGCAGGAAUGUUAUCGGGGGAAGAGAAUGAAGAAACGCCAUUCCAGAAUGAAGACACGUGGGUGGGACUCCCCUAUAUAGCUUCAGACCUUGAAGGAAUGGACAUGGAAAGAAUAAAGCCAAUGACGCUGGUGCCACAACUUUCUUUCACAGCAGAAUUAACAAAUGUAUCCAAGUGUUCACUAUCUGAGCAAAAGAGGAGAGCCAAAAUUCAAAAGCUUAAAUAUUUUAUCAAAAUAUUUUAUAACGAUAAACAAGUUUCCUGUACAUCUGUGUCUCCCCUACAGUUUGAUUUUAAAGUCAUGUUUCAACAGAUUUUUAACGUUCAACUGUUAUAUUGGCCUGAAACAAUUUGCUUGGAGGUUUAUGAAAUAAGUAAAAGGACAAGUUUACUGGUUAAACUAUAUCUGCCUUUACCUAACAAGACAGAGCUGAAAGACAAGACUGACCUGGAAUAUACAGAAUUUAGCUCUGAUAAACUGGCCAGGCCUAUGGAUGGAGGCGUAGGAAGCAAUGUGCCUUUUAAUCUCGAGGGAAGUGAGAAUGAAAAAGUUUGCCUUCUAACCUCAGGAAAACUUAGCUAUUCCCUCUCGUGGGCUUUAGAUGAAAAUGGAAUCCCCCUGACACCGGUGUCACAGUCAUUUCGAUCUGCGUACUGUAGUGUGUUAAGGAAUGUUGAUGCCAGAGGUGUUCCUGGACUCCCGUGGCCCAUGAACUCACAAAAGCUUUGUGACUGGGCAGAUGACAUCAGGAUUGAUCCAAAUGACCCAGAGUAUUCAGAUAUAACAGAACUUAUUAUGUAUUUGAGACACAAAGGGCAGGAGAUCCCAAAAUACUUCCGUCUGGAGCAGUUGCAAGAUGAAUUUAACUUUGUGUCUGAGGAAGAAAUGAAAAGGAGCAAACGCUUCCAGCUGUUGCAGCUGAGAAAUGCGGGCCAGCUAGACCUCUUCCUUCUGCAGCAGAUGCCCCUCUAUGACAAAGAGAUUCCAGACAUAGUCUUCCAGGAGUAUGAAAGUCAGGCUCAGAAGGACAUGUCCAUUUCAGAUGUGAACUCUAUCACUGCACAAAGGAUUAAUUCUGUCAAUUUUCUGAGAAAGGUGAGAAGUUUGAUAAUGAAAAGAAUCAUCAAAGUCAGCAAAUUUAACUUGUCAGAUAUUGUGGCUGACUAUGAAGAAAUUGUAUCUACCAGCCAGUUGACGGAUGUGAUUUGUAAGUUCAUUGAACCACGAAGGAAGCUAAAGCCUCAGAGGAAAGAAAGAAGGAAAGUCACAGCACAGACUGUCUCUGACGGAGAUAUCAAGAUUCUGGUCAGGAUCCUGAGGGCCUACAACAUUCCUACCAGAAAAAAAAUAUCUCAUAGAACUUUGGGUAUGGCUACUUACUCGAGGUCAUCCAUGGUUCAUCGCAGACAUCAAGAAGCAAUCAAAUUCGUAGCCUCAAGUGACUUCUUAAAUGAGGAUACUGUGCACCCUUUCAUUGAAGUUUCCUUUCAACACACUGUAUAUCAAACUAACACAGCGAGCGGAUCUCACCCGUGCUGGAAUGAAGAAAUCAAAGUAGAUUUUAUCUCACCAGGACAUGAUUAUGGCUUCUCUACUUUAUCAAAAAUAAAAGACAAUAUACAUAUCAACGUUUUCGAUGAAGUGGUCAUUGAAAAGCAUGAGGACCAUUGUCUCAAGAGCUGCAGUACUCAUGCUUACAUACAAAAGAACUGGCUGGGCUCCAUCAGCUUCCCCUUCUCAGCCCUUCUGCAACAGUCUGAGAUUAGCGGAACAUUUCAAGUGAACAUCCCACCCAUUUUGCUUGGGUACACCUGGAGCAACACUUAUGUCCCUCCUAGAGAAGACUGCAGUGGGCAGAACCCAAAAGAAUGUACCUUCCUAAAUAUUUUUGCUACAAUUGAACCUCAGAUAUCAUAUAUCACAUUCAACCCGAAACUAGAUGAGUUUUCAGAUCAAAUAGACGUUUUGCAGCGAGCACAGAUUUUUACCAGGAACUGUAAGGCCAUGUUUCCCAACCGAAGAGUGGUGACCACCGUUUUUAAUGGUGAAGGGAUGCAGGUCUUUGUCACAAGAUUUAUCAAGGCGUUGAACCCACCACAGCAACUUCUGGAUAUAUUUCUUCAUGAUUCCAAUGCGACCCUUGACCUUAUCGCCCGAUUUGUAUCUUUGAUUCCUUUCACAACAGAAACGUUGGACGAAAAUGAUGGUUUUGAUAUAUGGAUGACAUCAGAGUGCUGCAUUAGUUUGGCUAUUGGAAAUAAGGAAGAGCAUGCCAUACUUCUCUGUAAUUUCUUUCUGUACUUUGGAAAGAAGGCGUUGGUGCUCCUGGGGACCUCAGUCCUAGAAGGGCAUGUGGCUUAUGUAUUGACCCAAGAAACUGGAGAGUCUUUGCUUUGGAAUCCAUCAACAGGGCAGUGUUAUAAACAGUUUGACCCAUUUUGCCCCUUGCAAAGUGUGGAUUGUCUGUUCAAUGAUAGAAAUGUCUGGUUUAAUAUUCAACAAAACAAUACACCAAUGGCUGUACAUUUUGACUAUUCAAAAGAAAGCUUCUGGAAACAGCUGCUGCCAAAAGACUUUCAGUGGACAAAAGCCCAGAGUGUACAGCCUGAAGAAAUAGUUUAUUGUGAUACGAACAAAGGCAUGGUAGAAGAUCUGAAGAGCAGGAUGGAAAGGGCACUGAAAUGUAAAAUGAUGGAAUGGCGACCUAAGCACCCUACGCGAUGGAAUCGGCAGUGCACUUCUGUUUUGCGACAAAUCCUUCCUAAGCUAGAGUUUUACACGGGAAGUUUUGCUUCAUUUGAAGACAGUGAGUUAGAAAGGCUGCUACAGUUUUAUUGGGUCACAGGAUUUCCCAUCCAGAUGCCCUACACAGAUGUCCAGUCAGUCAUCGAUGCCGUCUACCAGACUGGAGUUCACUCUUCUGAAUUUCCCCAGACAGAAUUUGCUUUAGCCGUGUACAUUCAUCCAUAUCCAAACAACAUAUUAUCUGUGUGGGUCUACUUGGCUUCCUUAGCCCGCUAUCAGUGAAAGGGAAGAAGGGAAAAGGCAAAGAGUACUAUGGUCUCCUAGAUCCAAGUUUUCCUGUCAUCUGGAGAUUUUGCUGCUUAUUUUCAAGUUCACCAGUGCUGGGCAUAAUUUGGAUUCCUGAGUAGAGUUGGAAACUAUGGAGACCACAUCAGCACCCCUUCCCCAAGCUUUGAGGAUGAGUCUAGAUACCUCCAUACAUACACACCUCUUCCAGGAGACCCUCAGCAGUUUGGCUGCUUUGUGUACUCCAGUCUACAGUAGAUCUCAUUCUGGAAAAGAAGCAAUGCUGGCCUGCUCCCAAAGGUCAUUGCAGCUCAAUCAAGGUGGUCUCACCACCUCCAUUACAGCCAUCCUAAGAGGCUUAUUAAGAGUGGAGAUCCCCAGACUCACCCAAGACUUCCUGAAUCAGAACCACUGAGAGGAGAGCAGCAUUGUUUUUGAUCCGCUGUAGAAUGUUGUCAGUACUAACGAGACAUGGGUACCUUUGAAGCUUGUUCUGAUACAAUUCCAGAUAAAAAUUCCUCAGAGGGAACCCUGAGGUCAUAUUCUAGUCUGAAAGGCUCCAGAUAUAAGAAAAGCCUGUUUCAGUUUGAGUCAAAGGGCCAGAAAAGACCUACCUCCCAGCUUAAAGAAAUUAAGCAAGAGGAAACCCCUCUUACUCCAUUGAGGGAGGGCAGUCUUUUAAUUCUGCUCAAAGCUCCAGCUGACUGGAUGAGGACUACCCACAUUCAGAAGGGCAAUCUGCUUUACUCAGCUCACCAAGUCACGUUCUCCAACCCAGCACUGCCUUCACACAUAUAUCCAGGAUGCCCGAACAGUGGCUCUCCUGUGGCCCACUCAGGUAGAUAAUAACAGUCUAUGUCCAUUUUAACCAGAAGUAAAAAUGUAUGUAAAAUUUUAAUCUUGGGGUACUCACUGGUAAAUUGCAUAUUGUAAAUAUAUGCAAAUUUUGGUUCCUAAUUUGGAGAAUAGCAUAAAGACUAUCCUUAACAUUCUGCAUCAUAGUGGUUUGGAAAUAUCAUUAGGAUCUUCCAUAUCAAGUUCAUUACAGGUGUGAUCUACCUCUCCUCAACCUCUCCAACUGCCAAGUGUCAAAUAUUUUAGAGAAAGAUGACAGGUGUCAAUGCAUUAAGACCGGUUAAUGAGCUUAUACAAAUCUAAAUGGGAGGUGAAGGUGCUAUAGGCAAAGAGAUUGGGUGUGAACCGUAGUCACAGUGACUUAAAUAGUACACAGGUGUAAAUUUGUGCCAAGGAAAUGAGUCGAGAACAGGUCCAAGGGCUUCUGGCUCCUAGUGCUUUGUAUCCAAAAGAAUUUGGUAGAGCCUUGAAGAAACCUGAAUGUUUACUAGACUAGAAUGUAUAACAAAAACAAAGUGCACACUAUACCAUGGAGUAAGGUACCAUUUUACACACAAAAUGAGGCAAGGGGGUUUACAUCCAUGCGUUGAUGUAAAGAACUUUGUAUUCUGGGAAGGGACAACCAAAGACACAGCAGUCGUGGUGGCACCCCUGGGAAGAAGUGUCGUCAGUGGUUAUUAUGCACUACUUUAUACUGUUUCAAUGUUUUGUCUUUUGCAUGCAUUUAUUUAAGUUUUUCUUUUUAAUUAAAAGCAAUUUAAUUUUUCAAUUAAAAUUUUUUAAC